CUGGAUUGCUGUAAUUCGUGCAUAUGUUAAUAAGACAUCAUGGAAUACUAUCAAGUGCCUAAUAAGGAGUCAACAGUGGAGGUCUACCAUCAAAACCUUAAACCCAUUACGGUGGCUCCACUACCAUGGUCGCGGGUUGCCAAGCGUGCAUGACUCGCGUCUGCACGUCCCAUCAUCCAUGCAUCCGCCAAUUGUGGGCUCUCUGAUGCUUUUGUUUCUGCUUCAGCUUCUGGCCAAAAUUUAUAACUUUGACAAUGCAGCGUAAACUGAGCUCUCAAUGUCGUUCGUGCCGCGCGCCACAUUCCCUCCCCUCGGAUCCCUUCCGCGGUCCUACUUCCUGGGACACCACAAAGCUGGUCUACAGAAGAUGAAAACACUGCUAUCGACCAUUGACCUAGUCAUCGAAUGCCGCGACUACCGUGUACCAUUGACAUCCCGCAACCCCCUCUUCGAGAAGUCCCUCGAAGGCAAAGAGCGCGCCGUCCUCUACACCAAACGCGACCUAGGAGGCAACCCCCGCGACAACAACACCGAGAAAAUAGUCGCAGGAUGGCACGCACCCACGCCGACACUAUUCACCAGCUCCGGAGACGCUGGAAGGAAGAGCAUAGGACGGGUCCUGAAAUUCCUCAGGGAGCAUGCCCAAGGCAGGUGGAAGCUGGUGGGACAUAGAGUCAUGGUCGUCGGCAUGCCGAACGUCGGGAAGAGCACACUACUCAACGCACUGCGGGCGCAAGGACUGGGCAAAGGCAAAGCCGCUGUGACGGGCGCGCAGCCAGGCGUAACACGCAAGAUCAGCACGGGAGUGAAAAUCAUCCCGAGCGAAGACGACGUGGAGGGACAGGAGGGGGGAAACAAGUCAAAGGGCGUUGGGGGAGGCGUCUACCUGCUCGACACCCCCGGCGUCUUCAUCCCAUUCGUGCCGGACGCGGAGGCCAUGAUGAAGUUGGCGCUGUGCGGCAGCGUCAAGGACACCAUCAUCCCGCCCGUUAUGCUCGCGGACUACCUCCUCUACCAGAUCAACCGCGGCGCGAGUUUCCCAGCCAGGAAAGCCGAGCAUGGUCCACACGUGUACGGAGAGUACUCGCAGCCCACGAACGAGAUCAUGGAUCUGCUGGAGGCAAUUGCACGGAAGACGGGACGGCUGGGAAAGGGCGGGCAGGUGGACACCGAGGCCACGGCUCUGUGGAUGAUACAGAGGUGGCGCACGGGACAUCUCGGCCGGUUCAUCCUCGACGACGUCGACGAGCAGGCGCUCGAGAGGAGGAAGCUCGAGGAGGAGAAUUUGCCGCCCAGUAUGAGUCAAGCGAGGAAGGCGGAGACGGAGAGGAGGAGGGAACGUGGAAGGGCAAGGGGCCUGGCGAAGUGAUGAGAAUCGGAUGAAGGGUUAAUGUGCUCAUACUGCACAACCGCACAGACAGACGAACAAACGACUUUAGAAACUGUACACACGGCUUCUGAUCUCACGACUUCACGACCAAGGUUGACAAGGGUAAGCGAAGGCUCCAUAUGUUCGGACAUG